UUUAUCUUUAGGACACGUCAGUACUAAGGAUUACAAGAAUGUGUCAAAUUAACAGUUAAAUUAAAUUAUAUCAAAACAAGCUUUAUAGAGAUUAUGAUGAAUUUAAUAUUUGUUUUGUUUCUAAAUUAUUUUGCUAUAACAUGUGCUGAUGUAAUAGUAGAAACUAAGUUAGGUAAAGUGGCAGGUAAAAGAGUGGAAUCAGUUUUACCAAAUGAGAAAUAUUAUUCAUUCUUGGGUAUACCCUAUGCUGAACCACCAGUUGGUGAACUGAGAUUCAAGUCUCCAAAACCUCGUCAAAGUUGGACUGGUGUUCUCGAAGCAAAAAAGGAGAGAAAAGCAUGUCCACAAUUUUACUUACCUGUCAGAUCAACGAAAAAAAUUGGCUUCUUCGGUGACGAAGAUUGUUUAUAUCUCAGUGUUCACACGCCUAACGUUCCUGAGCCAAAUCAAAAUCUACCAACGAUUGUAUUUUUAUACAAUGAACAGUUUCGUAUAUCCUUCAAUGGUACAAAAGAUUAUAACCCGGAUUUUUUUAUGAAAGAAAAUGUUAUUGUUGUAACUCUUCAUCACAGAAUAGGAGCAUUGGGUUUCCUUUCAUUUGGUGACGAAGUACUCCCAGGGAAUUACGGUCUUCGGGAUGUCUUAUUAGCUCUAAAAUGGAUACAACAAAAUAUAAAAAGAUUUGGUGGCGAUCCAUCGAAAGUAACGCUAAUGGGCAGUCAAGGUGGCGGUGCAAUCGCUGAUUUACUAUUACAAUCUCCUAAAGCAGAAGGCUUAUUCAGUGGUGUUAUAUUACAGAGUGGAUCUUCAUGGAACCCGUUAUACUUAGAUACGAAUCCCAGUAAAAGGGCAAAAGGUCUCGGCGAAGCAUUAGAAGAAAUAGUCACAACAAGUUCCUAUUUCUUAAAACGCUUAGCUGACUUCUCAGCACAAGCAAUAGCGGAAUCUGAACAUUUAUCUAUACAUGCAGACGAAGCACGAUCUGUACAAAGAGGAUUGGUUGCUUUUGGACCGAGUAUUGAACCAGAUCACCCGGAAGCGUUAGUCACUACUUUACCUGAAGAAGCAAAUUUUAAAAUAAAUGUUCCCGUAAUGAUUGGUUAUAAUUCACGAGAGGCUAUUGAAAUAGGAGAGCGAAUCUUGAACAAGCCGCAGUACCUGACAUUUGCUGAUAGAGAUUUCCUUUUCAUGUUACCUAUAAGGGUUAAAUUCCAUUUUCAAAUAAAUGAUAAUGUAUAUUACGAUGCUAUUGAAAAAAUUAAAGAAUUUUACUUUGACGGAGGAUAUAUAAAAAUUAGUAAACCAGGAGAGUUUUUGUCUUAUUUAAAUGAUAUAUCUGUAUUUUACAAUACUGAUUAUGCUGUUAGAAAGUAUACGAAUAUUUCGAGUUUUCCAGUAUAUUAUUAUGUUUUUGACUACAGCGGAGAAUUGAAUAUGAGGAAGAAGGCAUCACUUCAAAAUGCUGUCAAUUUAGAUGGGACAUGGGGAGCAUCAGCAGGGGACGAACUAUGUUAUUUAUUUAUGUGCAAUCCUAGGAAGGUCUACAAAAAAUUACUUGAAGACGAAGAUUCAGAGGAAAUUAAAGUUUUAACGAACAUGGUUAAAAUGUGGACAAACUUUGCUAAAACUGGGAAUCCAACACCACCAGGAAGUAACUUUACAUGGAAACCAGCGACAAAAGAUAAUAGAGAAUGUCUUGUUAUAAGUGAUGAACUUGAAAUGAAGAGUAACAUUAACGAAGAUAUUGUGAAAUUCUGGGAUGAAUUUAUAUCAAACUACAGUGAAAAAGCUGUCGAUAAUAUUAUAAAAGACGAAGUGAAAGACGAAUUGUAA